CGAUAUGUCAAAAAUAAGAGAAGAAAACUCCUAUCUAAAGAAGGCUUUGAAGAGUUAAAGAAAACAGCAGAGUGGCAUGACAAAGAUAUUGAAGCACUUAAGGCAGAGAACGUUACUUUAAGAAGCGAGGUAAAGGACCAGGGCGAGUCAGUUAAAAGUCAAUCAAAUCAAAUCAGUGCACUAGAGCAAGCCCUAGAUGAUCUGGAACAGUACACGCGUAAAUUCAACCUAGAAAUUCAUGGAAUACCGGAGAAGAAAAACGAAGAUCUUGAUAUUAUAGUGGAAGACCUAGCUAAGGCUAUCGGCGUGGAGAGCUUUGAAUAUGGCGAUAUCGACAUAGUACACCGCCUGGAAUCUAAAUUUAAACCAAGACCUGUUAUUGUCAGAUUCCAGAAUUACGACGACAAAMGAAACAUUUACGAAGCGAGAAGAAAAUUGAAAUAUUACAAGAAAGAUGAAGAGAAAUUAAAUGGCGCCGAGAGAAUCUUUAUAAACGAAAAUUUAACCACAGUCCGCAAGAUCCUUUACGCACAGACAAGAAAAAGAGCAAAACAGAACCAUUGGUAUUCUACGUGGACAAAUGACGGCAAAAUCUUUGUCAGGAAAAGGAAAGGAGAAAAGGCUGCCAAAAUAACCAAAGAAUCGGACUUGGAGGAUCUUUAUAGCUGA